CCUCGUUGCUUUUUCUUUUCACAAUCGGGACGGUUCGUUACCACGAAAUCAUACCGACGAAGUCGUCGUGAUAGUCACUUGAAAGGGUUUAAUACAUAUAGUCAAAGAUUUCUUGGAUUUCUACCGUUUUUUUUCAUAUUUUGGAGGACUAAAAAGUUUAUCUUAUGAAAUUACAUAUAAAGGAGUAUAUAAGAUGUAAUCUAUGAUGUCUACAGAGCUUUUUGGGCUUUGAAAAUCGCGGUUUAUCGAAGUGGGAGUGAUGACUGAGCCGGGAGAGCCAGUUAAAGGUGCAACGUCAUAUGCAUUCUCUCCCAAAGGCAAACAAUCGGAUGGCAAAUCAAAGGUUAAACCAUCUCCUUUAGAGUUAAAUCAAGUGGACGUAGGAAAUGACAAAGCAAAAGAACGAGACAAGGAUCAAGAAGAACCAAGUGCAAGCGCAAUCACAAGGAAAGGGACAAAAAUUGGUCAUAGACGAAUAAAUGAAGAUGGACAGAUUACUUAUAAAAAGCAACCAUCAUCGGCCUUGGUGUCUGCCAUUCAACUUGGUAUCCAGUACUCAGUCGGUCGGCUGUCCUCGAAAGUUGAACGUGAUGUAUUAAUGGGUGAUUUCUAUGAAAUUGAAAGUGUAUUUUUUCCCAGUGCUGGGCAACAAGAGACUCCUGCUCACCACUACAGUGAUUUUAGAUUCAAGGCAUAUGCUCCAGUAGCAUUUAGGUAUUUCCGGGAGUUAUUUCAUAUAGCACCAGAUGAUUUUUUGCUAUCAUUGUGUCACGAACCGUUACGUGAGUUGUCCAAUCCAGGCGCCAGUGGUUCCUUGUUCUACUGUAGUUUGGAUGACCAGUUCAUCAUAAAAACCGUGCAACACAAAGAAGCAGAAUUCUUACAAAAACUACUGCCUGGAUAUUACUUGAAUUUGAAUCAAAACAAACGAACUCUCUUGCCGAAAUUUUUUGGACUAUAUUGUUAUCAGUGCGGCGGAAAAAACAUCAGAUUGUCUUUGAUGAACAAUCUCUUGCCAUCUGGGUAUAAAAUACAUUUAAAAUACGAUCUUAAGGGUUCCACGUACAAACGUAAAGCAUCGAAAGCCGAAAGGGCGAAAUCUUCGCCGACUUUGAAAGAUCUUGAUUUCAUGAAUGACCAUCCGGAUGGCUUACUCGUGGAUUCUGACACAUACAGUGCUUUGACCAAAACCAUUCAGAGGGAUUGUAGGGUAUUAGAAAGUUUCAAAAUCAUGGAUUACAGCUUGCUUUUGGCAAUACAUAAUGUGGAUGAAGCUUCCUCCGAGAAAAGAGCGGUUCGCGGUGAAGCAUCGUCUACGGUCGGUACGAAAGCGAACGACUCAGCUACGACAAAUAACGAAGAUCGAAAGGCAAGUGAAAAGAGCACAGAUGAACAAGCCAAAGUUCUUGGUUCUGCUGCAGUUGCGAGAAAUCCUUCAGGCCGUAACAGAGAUGAUUUUGCUGCGUACUGGGAGGCGAUACCCCAACAUAGAGACGACACACCAUAUGGUGCAAUACGGGCACGAAAUGCAAAAGGAGAUAGAUUAUUGCUGUUCAUUGGCAUUAUUGAUAUCUUGCAAAGUUAUCGUUUGAAGAAGCGACUUGAACAUGGUCUCAAGUCUGUUGUUCAAGAUGGGGACGCCAUAUCGGUCCACCGACCUAGCUUUUACGCCAGGAGAUUCCAGGAAUUUAUGUCGGAAAAGGUUUUCAGGAAACAACCAGGCACCAAAGCGCAAAUCGCGAGAUCUCCAUCAAAGAAACGAGCAAGUUUCAACAGGGGAAAAGAGCGAGGGAGGACCUCGUCCGACAGCGAUAAACACGUCAACAGAGUCGGGGAUUCUAGCAGAGGUUUUGGAAACAAAACAGUCUUGUCGCCAUCACUAGAUGCUGGCUUAGCAAAUGUUGUUCCUGGCGAUGUUUCCUUCAUGGGUGGUGGAGGUCGAUCACUUGACGUGACAAAAAAGUCUCCCGAAACACCUUUGCCUGCUCACGACGUAUCCACGGAUUCCCACAAGGAGUCAACGAUCAUGGACGACGAGUCGACGAUCACCACCGACCAAUCGACGAUAACGCACGAAGUAUCAAGACUCGAACAUUCCGUAACAUUUCAGGACGAACAUUUGUCAAGCAGUCCUGAAGUUCAUGAAACAGAUGGAAAUUCAAAACAGACGAGCUUAGCGAAUGAUGAUCAGGCAACUGAGCUAAAUCCAAGCGCAUCUAAUGUCAUUGCGAUUACUCUCGAUAAUGAACCGAGCAUUCCGAAUGCCUCCGAUGACGCACCGAGUACAUCUAACGAUGUUGUUUCAAAUAUGCCCGAUGUUAUUCCGAAUACGUCCAAUGUCGCUGCGCGAACGUCCAAUGAUGAUACGAAGAUGUCCGAUCUUAUUCCGAACACUUUCGAUGAUGUUCCAACGACCUCCGAUGUCGUUUCAGACAUUCCUGAUAACGAUCACGAGGCCACGGCUGAUGUACAAGAAAUAAACAUUAAUGUUAGUGGUAAUUUCGGAGUACCGGAAGUUGAAGAACGAGAUUUUCAGAGACAAUCAUCAACCGAUAGUGAACCUUGUGUGUCGGACUCGAAAAUAUAAGGUUCAGCUGUUGCUAUGCAGCCGUGACCUCCGAGGAUGAGCGCUGUGGACUAGGUGUAAAAGAGGGACAUGUAGGGAAAUCAUCGUUGGUGUGUACCAGUUUAUCCAUGAGAGUCCACUGCAAUACAAAAUCUGGGAUAAGACUUGAGUACCGUGUGGUAGAGAGGUACAACGAGGGAGGUACAGUGUGAGAGAGGUGCAAUGAGGGACGUACAGUGCAAGGCUCGCUGUCUGAGUGAUAACAUCACGUUAAGGCCAUGUUACACAGUGCAAUGCUUUUAAUGCAAUUUGACAUGUAAUUUAUAAUAAUAAUCCACAUUUUGCAAUGACACGGAAGACGGGUGAUUUCGUGUAAUAUUUUGAUAAAUGUGGUCAAGCUUCCGAUGUUUAAAUACCGACACUUGCCUAAUCAGGGGCCGGUUGUUCGAAAGAUGGAUAAAGCCUUCAAAUAAAAAAAACCUUCAAAUUCUUCACCAUUUGGCACUGCCACGAUUGAACUUCAUAAUUUUGAAGUUAAAAAAGGUUUGGAUAGUUCUAAUUUUAGAGAUAUUUACGACGGUUGAAAAAAUCACUAUCUAGUGUCCACCUUUAUCCAGUGAUAUCCGCCUUUCAAACAACUGGCGCCAGGGCUGGCUCAGGCGAUGCGACUGUCUAACAUGGUCUUUAGAACUUUUCCAAUCGUUACUAUGUUCGAGGUAACCGCUGUGUAGUAUAAACGUAUAAUAAAAAUAAAAUGAUAGAUAUAUUUUUGUGCAUGACACGCGUUGUGACAGGGCUCUAAGAUAAGAUCGUCGAUAAACCUAUCCCCCCCCCCCGUGCAGAGCCACUUUCAUGACCAUUCCAGUUGAUUCGUGCAUCGAGGUCUGAGAACGAAAGUCGGAUAGUCGGAGCGUAAUGUACUGUAAUUAGAGAAUAAUUUUUAUAAAAUUUGGGUUAUUCCUUUGGUCCUCUAUUACCGAUUUUACCGAAAUCUUAAAAUUUUUUAAAAUAUGAUUUUAUGUGUUUAAAUAUCUUGUUUUCAUCUAAGAAUGUCAUUCCACUUACAUUCGAAGCAUUCACUGAGGUUGCCUUGGACGCAGCUGGCUUUACUGAAGUUGGAAAUAACUUUUUUGUGAGAUAGCCUUUCAGCAUUUUGUUAACUCGAAAACAUCGCCAUUAUAUUUGAUUAGGAGCAUCAU